ACCAAAGCCUCUUGGACAACCAACAACCUCAAAUCAAACGUCGUUCCACUGAAUACCAACACAUCCUCAACAAUGAAGGCCACCACCAUCUUCUACACUCUCCUUGCUGCUACUGCCGUCAGCGCUUCAGCAGUCCCUCAAAACGACUUCGAGAUCCUGGACACCUGCGGCGCUGGCUAUGGUGGUGACCAGAGACGUACCAAUAGCCCUUGUGCAUCGUCCAACGGAGAUAGACACUUCUGCGGCUGUGACAGGACAGGCGUUGUACAGUGCAAGGGGGGCAAGUGGACUGAGAUCCAAGACUGCCACAGCGGCACCUGCCACGGCGGUAAUGAUGGCGGAGCUGUCUGCUAA